AUGGUGAAACCAUCGGAUUUCAAAGCAAUCCACGGCUUUAUCCGGUCGCAUUACACCCGGGUCAACCCGGUCACCACCCACCGGUCAAACCCAUCGAGCAGUAUCGCUUCCCACCUCCACACCAGGCUCACCUCCUUCCACAGCUUAUCCCCCAAACCCACUGGCUUAUCUCAGCUCCUCUCUCAAAAGCUUCAACCUUUGGGUUUGCCACGUGUGAAAAACGCGAGCUUUGCGUUUGCGUUUAGGUUCGUGUCCACUAAGAGCUCUGGGUUUCGUAAAGUCGAUGGUAGCUUUGCGAGGAAGGUUGUUGACAAGCCCGUGAAAGCCGUUAGCUCUAGCUUCGCUAGGUACCGUGAGGCUAUGGGUUUGCACGUUGACGCGUUCUGGAAGAAGAACAGUCUUGUUUUGUAUGGAGCUGGUGGUGUGUUUGUGUGUAUCUUCCUUUGGAGGAUUAUGUUUGGGAUUGCUAGUACCUUUGUUGGGCUCUCUGAGGGUAUGGCUAAGUAUGGGUUUCUAGCUCUCUCCUCGGCCAUUGUAGCGUUUUCUGGACUAUACCUGCGGUCAAGGUUCACAAUAAAUCCGGAUAAAGUUUACAGGAUGACAAUGAGGAAGAUCAACACAGCAGCUGACAUUCUGGAAGUAAUGGGUGCUCCUCUGUCAGGAUCAGAUUUGAGAGCUUAUGUGAUGUCAGGUGGUGGCAUAACCUUCAAGAAAUUCAAGCCAACGAUUAGGAGCAAGCGUUGCUUUCUCCUGUUCCCCGUUCAAGGCUCUGAGAGAAAGGGACUUGUUAGCGUCGAAGUUAAGAAGAAGAAAGGCCAGUAUGACAUGAAGCUUUUGGCGGUGGACAUUCCAAUGGCCUCUGGUCCUGACCAACGGUUAUAUCUGAUUGGAGAUGAAGAAGGGUACAAAGUCGGUGGUGGUUUGAUCUCUGAGCUAAGAGACCCUGUUGUGAAAGCCAUGGCAGCGACUAAGGAGUUCGAUAACCUUGACAGAAUUGAAGAGGAGGAAGACGCUGAAAGAGAACUUCAAGAAGCUGAAAGAAAGCACCGUGAGGAGAUUGAGAAGCUCGAAAAAGAGAGCUCUUAAAAUUGGUUUUUUUUACUUCACUGGAAUACUUGAAAACGUUUCUUUCACAUCUUCACUGGUUAUAAUAAAAGAACAACAACACCUUGUAUCACCAAAGACUCUUUUGUCUUGUAUCAGAGUAUGCUACACUGAUCUGUGAUCUACAUUGAUGUAGAAUGAGUAGCAAUGGACUACACUUCUGAACCAUUUA